GUAUGUGACUAUAGACUUCUUAUAGUUUGUGCUUUUCCUGUAGCAUCAAGGAUAAAUACCUGGAAGUGUGAUGGAUCCUCUGAGGGCGCAGCAGCUGGCAGCUGAGCUGGAAGUAGAGAUGAUGGCUGAUAUGUACAACAGAAUGACCAACGCCUGCCAUCGCAAAUGUGUGCCUCCACACUACAAGGAGGCUGAGCUGUCAAAGGGGGAGUCAGUGUGCCUGGAUCGUUGCGUCGCUAAAUAUCUGGAUAUCCACGAGCGCAUGGGCAAGAAAUUGACAGAGCUCUCAAUGCAGGAUGAAGAACUGAUGAAGCGGAUGCAGCAAGGGGCUGGGCCAGCAUAAGGCACCUCCCCUUGAUAAAGGACAGCAGGCCUACUGCCACCUCCUCUCCCAACUUAGUGCCUGAGCUCUGUGCUGAUUUUUCCUUUGCCAAUAAAAUGUAAAGGUUGUA